AUGCAGGGCGCGUGGGUCGCAUACAAUCAGGAGGUGAACGGAAUCAACAAGAUACUCCAGAAGUUUGAGAACCGCCUCGCUGUGGAACCCAACGUGAACUCGACCGAUCUACAGGUGCUGGAACACGAGUUGGCCCUGUUCAAGACACUCCAAGAGGAGAUUCGUAGUCAGCAGCCUCACUUGAACGCCCUGCAUCGUCAGUUCAAGCAGGUGCGUCAACACACCACCCCUGAAGGAGUACACGACCUAAAGGCCAUGGAAGACGUGGUCAAGACCAAGUACGAAAAGGCCGCCGCUGACGCCAGCGAGCGACAGAACAUGCUCAAUGGGGCUCUCCGGCAUAGGCAGAACUUUUACAGUAGUAUCGGAGAGUUUGAAAAAUGGAUUAAGAAAACACAACAAAAACUUGAUACCAGUAGUGAAAUAUAUUCCGACGAAGUUGGAGAGACUCUCGCUAAGUUGAAAUCGUUGCAGAAAGAGUGCGAUGAAAAUGAGCCAACUUUUGAGCAGUUGUGUGCCGAGUUCAAGAAACUGUUGGCAAAUUGUAAUGAUGACGAGGCAGUCAUUCUUAGGGACAAGUUUGAUAGAGUGAUGGGAGGGUACACAAAGAUAGAGGAUACCUUGAAAAGUCAUAAAGAGGUGUGUGAGAAAUGGGACCAAUAUCAAAGUAGCCACAAAGAUGCUCAAGCUAGGUUAAAGACUCUGCAAGCAAAGCUAGAGAAUCCAAAUAUCAAAGAAGAUGAAGUCGCGGAAAUUAAAGAAGAAGUGAAAUCUCUAAGAGCGGAAAUGGGAGAAUGGGAUAACCAAGUAGACGCCUUGGAUGAAUUGAUGGCGACUUCUCAGCUGACAAUCAAAGAUCGGGCUACUCAGCGCACUCUGCACUUUGGGAUAGAGUUACAGGCACUGGACUCAUUGUGUGACUCAGUAUUAUUCAAUUCUAGCCAGAAGGAGCGCAUCAGCGAGCUGGCUGAGUUGUGGAAGAAGUUUGAAGCUAAACAGGCUCAGCUUGUUGAGAAACUUGAGGAUGUUGGGGACAGAGUGGAAACUGCGGUAGUGCCUCAAUCUAGUCUACAAGGGGUCAAGGAUCUCGUAAGGGAGAUAGAGGACGCAAGAGAUGACGUAUUCGCGUACAACCCUGAAUACGAGCAGCUGCGCGAACUGGGUCGUCAGAUCAUGCAGGCAGACCCCAGCCGGUCCACGGCAGUCCAGGGCGGUCUCUCCAAGGAACAAGUGGAGAAGUGUGAACAGAACAUUGCGGACCAUGAGAGCUACCUGCAGCGGUACAAGGAAUGCCUAGAGUGGAUAGAGUCACAGCAACAGGACCUUGAGGACUGUGUGGACAUGCCCCAGGAUAACGAGAUGUUAGACGCUAAACUUACAACCAUGAGUAUGAGUACAACCUUCAUAACCCUGACUUCCUCUACCGACUCUGGUCUUGGGACUUUCAAUUCUGCCCUCGAGUCCGGAGAACGACUUUACCCGAACACGUCCAACGAAGGCCGCGAGGCGAUUUUCAAUGACCUUCGCUCUCCGAGAGACAAGUGGGAAUCCUUCAACGAUAAUCUGAACGAGACUCAACGAAAACUCGAGACCUUGAGAAUGCAGUGGUCAACGUUUGAUGAGAACUUUGAGCAACUCGAGUAUUGGGUCGCUAAAUCGGCGAAGCAGUUGAAGCAUGAAGAUUCCGAGCCAAAGAUUACUCUUCAAGAGAAGAAGGCUGCAUUGCAGCACUACAGGGUGACGUGUAAUGAAGGCACAGAUGGGCAGGAAUAUUUUCCGCAAGGCAAUAAGACCACAAUCCUUUCUACUGGGUACUCAGAAAGUUGGGAAUCAGUUGAAUAUAUGGAAUAUCAAUGUGACACUAGAAGGCUUCCGGCAUUUUCAUACAGCAAAAGUUUCAUUAAAGGAAUAGAAGCACGAUGUAUGAAUGGUCUAUCUGAUAUUGGUUUAAUGAAACAUGAGUCGUCCAAACUCUUUGCGAUUGAUGCCAAUGUCUUCGUUCCAUCGCGACAAAGCUUAACUCAAAUUUUUGACACUAUUGCUUUUGAAAAAUGCAAAACUUGCGUUAUAAAAAUUCUUGAAAAAUCCCUUUCUCCCACAAGACCAUGCGUGUGGAUUGUUGACUAUGAACAUUCAAAUGAAGCGUGCAAUAGUUUAUACAAAUACAACAGCUCGAACGAAAUAAUAUGCCUUUUAUUACUCGGAGAUGCUGCAACAAGCCAAAAACUGUCUACACAACACAAUGUGAUUAUCGCAUACACAUCUCACGAUAACAUACUUGACGCCAUGGACGACUUGCUUGAAAGAUUCGCAUUCAUGACCGUUAGACCAUUGAUGCAUAGAAUUAAGGAGAAAUAUAGAGCACAAGAAACAGUAUCUGACAAUGUCAAUGAGGCGCUACACGAUGUUUACGAUUAUGUACGCACGGCUUACGAGAAAAGCGCGGUACCAUAUGAUGAGUGGCCAGAAAUUCCAGAAGCGAAUUGUAAAUUUCCAGCAAACGUAGAUGAUGUCGUUGAGUCCGUUAUUAAAAUACCUGGAGUGUUAUCCUGUAUUAAGAAACUGCAGCGACUCGAGAUAUAUAUCGACACAUCUGUAGCUGUGGAAGGAUUUUGCAAACAGUCUGUGCUACAAGUUUUGGAUGGAUACAACAUUAAAAACGUAUUAUUUAUGUACUGAAAUUUAAUUCCAUUUUGUAAUGCUGGAUCUCCAAUUUUGGAUGGUUUAGGGACACUCGGGGGAUUUGCCGAUAAGUUUUCGUGCAAUAAUACUGCAAAUAAUCAAAAACAAAUCAACUGCAAAGCUGUAAACAGUCGUACUCAGAAUCCCAACUUGGUAGCACUUAUUUCUAAGCAUGUUGCUAUGGUUUCACUUUUACGACAGAAGAAAUCAAAGGCAUCUCUAAAAGUGUCUGAAAAGGUUAUUGGUUAUAUUGAACAUCCUGAUAUUCUUCAACCUGCAUGGCUAGAUAUAGUUCCUGUUGACGUUUUAGAAGAUGUUCAAAAGGACUGUGUGACACAAUUUAAAACCAAGGAGGGGUUAUUAAAAUUUGCCACUUUGAAUGACAAGAACAUUUGCAAAGGAGAUCCUGUUCACAUAUGGGGGGCUGUGUCUUCGCCUGGGUUGGCUUAUGUUCGUGAAAACGCUUACGGGAAAGAUAAAAACAGACACAUUAUAUUAACAAACUAUAAUGACGGAACUGUGUUUUGCCAACCCGGUGAUAGUGGAUCAAUUGUUUGCAAAAGCGAUCGCAAGGGCGUGGAUUUGUACGCAAUAGCAAUGCUUGUUGGGGAGUUUAUACCAAUGCACACAGAGGAGUAUACAACAGUCGAGGGAGAUACACCAAAAACUGAAGAAACCCCAUUAGAAGGAAAUGGAAAGCAACAGCCACCAUGUAAAUUGAAAAAGAAAAUUCAAAAUACUACAGAUCAAGCUCGUACCAUAGAUUCUGAAGUAAAACCUGACGAUACCCAAACAGCUCAGAAUAUCGUCGAAAAAUGUAUACUACUGCGUUCUGACGACGUAAAUGAGAAUAAAACGGAUACGGAAGAACAUGCUAACAUUAGUAUUGAAAAUCCUCAAGAAAAGAAGAUAAAGCAGUCAAAUAUAACGGAUGAUUGUGCAAGUUCUAGCGAUAACUCAAAUAUUUCGGAAGUCAAGACAGAAGUGCCAGACCAACAAAGACAGGGACAGUCGCUGUAUUUAGCGCUCAUACUUGGGAAUGCGUUUCAAGAAUUAUCAAAAGUGAAUGAGUCAAAUUUUAGUCUAUGUCAAGAAACAAAAUAAUUAUUCACUCUUUAUUAACACCGAUACUUUGGUUCAUGCAUUUUCUGCAGAACUGACAUCGAUUUCUUGGAGUAUAAUUUGUAGCCAUUAGUACUCGUAAAAACACACACACAAAACAACGUUUUUUUACUCUUGAUAACCAAUAUUUUGAAUAUUUAACUUUCAGACUUUGUUCUUCUGUUUGCUAAGCACAAAAGAUGCAUUUUCGUAUUUUAUAUAUGUUUCUGUUAGCGUGUUUUUCACAUUUAAAAAAAAAGUAUUAUAAACUUAUAGAUAUGUAUGUUACUAAUUCAAAUGCUGUUAUCAUUCAUACAUAAAUUAAGCAAAAUUAAGCACAACGAUAUACCUUCUAAUUAUGUAUAUAAUGGUUAAAUCCAUAUUAUUUACAUAUUUUGUUUUGUGUAUUCAUGUAUUACCAAAUUGAAUGAUCAUGUCAAUGAACGUAUUUUAUUUUAGAGAAAAUGUGUUUAUAUUUUAUUAAACAAAUGUUUAAUUAUCAUAUUCUGAAUAAAAAAAUUAAGCUUAAGUUAUUUAACUAUCAUUAUUUUGUUUAAUUUUCUUAUACUUAUUGUCGUGCUCUCAAUUUUAGGUGUAGAUCUUUUUGAUUUGACAGUCUGAUAAAUGGUUUACACGUUGCGUUACUAUAAUUUUUACAUGUGUUAUGUAUUUUCUUAACAAAAUAUUGUAUGUUCACCUGUGCACAGCAUGCACAUGGUUAGCUUCUGGAAUCGCCUUUUGUCUGGCUUGCGGCAUGCGUCAUCCGCUGGGCGUCCAGCGUAAUUUGUUUAAUUCAAACGACAUAACUCGUGAGAAAAUUUAAGCGACAAUUCAAAUGCACCCAUUCUUUAAAAUUGCAAGGAUUAAACAUAUGUUAUUUUGUAUAGUAGUCGUGUACUUCAAUUGUUCAAUUCAGUUUUUAAAUUCAAAACCACGCCCAAGUGGACACACGAUGUGUAAAGACUUUUAAAGGAACGUGAAUAGUAAAUACUUUUUGAAGUCAUGUCUUAAACUACAAGUGAAACAGCUUUUAUAUUUGGUAUCAACAUCAGAUAUGAGUCUUUUAGGACGUGUGGGAAAAGCAUGCCUCUUAGCAUGAGCACUGACAAGCCCCAGGUAUAACAUGAUUUAUACAAACUUGCUUUGUUUUAGUAGUUCAUAAGGAACAAAUCGUUUACCCAAAAACCGCUUUGGUAUGUAACAUCAAAUAGUGGUUAUUUGCAAAGUUUGUUCAAAUCAUAUCUCGGGAAGAUUACAACUGGCAAAACCAAACAGGUCAUAUGAUAGAUAAAAUCUGGUAUGUACAAUUAUUGUCCAUGGUUUGUAUCGCAUGUAACCAAUAAAGCAGCGCCAAACAUGGUUAUCAUCUCGGUCACUAUGUUGGACGUGAAAAACAUGUUUAUCUCACUGGUCUUCACGUUGUAAGAGAACUCGAUGGAAAACGUCAAAGAUAAAAAAAAGUUACAGCAAACACAAUGGUUAUUAUCGCGUGCAAUCAAUGCAACGGCAAUAACAGGUGUCAUUAUUGCGGGUCACCCAGUAAGAAUUGAAGACCGUGUGUUCAUCGUGGGUCACCAUGCCAGCAGCCCAAAAUAUAAUCAUCAUUUUUACAUUGUUUACUCGUGGUCUAAGAAUAUAUUUUACAUUUGUAAAUCAAAACAGGUAUUCUUUAUUUUUCUUUAAUUAUAACUAUUUAAUUUCAACAUGUGUUCCGUAGUUAUUUCAUGAUCUAAAUAAAGAUUCCUGAGCGUGAUUGGUGAUGUAAUACUGCUCCUUGGAUAAAUCCCACAGCGCGUUUCAUGGUCAACCAACUCGAGGUAAACUUUCUUCGUUUCGCUCGUCAGUCUUAGUUGCCCUCUCUAUUAGACAACGCGUUUAUGGGCUGCGCGGUUUCCUUAGCUAUGCUGAAAAUCUUCGGUACAUGACAUUGAACUGUUAGAAACAAGUCACUGAUGUAAUAUCAAUGCAGCGUUCAUGUCAUCUUUACAUGGUUACUCGGUUACUCUCGAUGUAAUGAAUUGGUAUUAUCUUUUAACUUUUAUUUUAUUAACGUUAAUCGUAUUUCGACGUUGCUGCUUAAUUGCAUGCUAUGUGCUAAAUUAAUUUUAGAUAUUUUGAUACGCACAAAUAUUGUUCAUAACAUCUGACUUAAAAGUGUGUUCAUAAACUCGUACAAAUGUGUCACCUAAUGACGCUGUUUAUAUUUUGAUUCAUUGAUUUCUAAAACCGUAUAUCCAAAUGCCAUGUACUGCGCAUGACUUUGUAUUUUAACAGGUCUAGUGAAAAUAUUGUUCUGUUUAAAACUUUACAUAUACUGUAAAAAUAUGUCAUUUUACACGUACUUUAUUGACUGGUUUUGUGAUUGUAAAUAGUUCUUCGCUAUUUUAUUGUGUAAUUUGUAAAAAAGAUAUAGGGUUGCAAAUGUACAUUUGCAUUUAGUACUGUGUCAUGUGUUGUUAUGAUAAUUGAUAAUAUGCUUUUCCAGUUUGAUCAUGUAUCUAAUUUAGUGACAUUUUGAUGUAAAUAACAAGAAAUGCGCUAUUUCGAAUUAACUAAUACAUACAUAAAGGGUAAUGAAGGCAUACGCAAUGUAUAUAGAAUGUAAAUGCCAAAUAUAUAAUAUUUGUCAAUAAAUAUAAUAGUUAUUAUAUUUUUCUAUCUCAAUGUAAUGAAAGUGUUCUUUUGCUUCAAAGUGUAAAAAUACUGCACACAAAAAAGUGUAACUGAACGCGUGGAACGCUGUAUAGCCGAGUUGUUAAAUGCUUGUCUCCUGUAGUUUUGACAUGAUUCAUUGAGAUCGUGUACCUUAUUUAUUGAUUUCUGUUACACCAUUAUCGGUGUUUCGACAACCAAUAUAAAAUAACGUAUAAAAAUGGAAAAUUGUACAUAUACUGUAAACGCUUAAGUAUAACUGGUUAGUUGGACAUAAACGCGUCGUUACCAUCAGUAUGCAACUCAGUGAUGAAAUUGGUUUUUGUUUAAUUUUUAAGAUUUUGCAUAUAAAAUAUGUGCACGUCAUUUCAAAUUACCAUGUAAUGAUGAUGUAUAAGAUGUUUCUAGACGGUAGAUUUCUUAUUAUAAUCGAAAAAACAGUUAGUGUUUAUAAAUCAUUUGUUUCUAUAUGUUUGCGAUUUUAAUGCAUUUGAGAUUAAUAUUUACUUUACUCAAGUCGAUGAAUGCUAAUACAAGAAUUAAUUCAAUUAUAUUGAGACAUUUUUAAAGCGGUACAAUGCCACUCAUCAGUCGCUUUAGUCUUAUUAUUUAAAAGCUAAACAACAUACCAUUUUUAAUCAACUAAUUAAUAGCUUAGAAGAAAACCCUAUACCUCUAAGUGUAAUACGGUGUGCGUUAAUUCUAGAACUGUGAUUCAUGUUAAAUCGCUGCAUGUCCUUUGCAAAUCGUAAGAAGAAAAAACAUAUUAAUUUAGAUACGAACUAAUUGUAUGUGCAAUUGUUAUCGGCAAAGGAUUUAAGUUGUAUCCCUAUAUUCUACAUGUAAUAUGAAUGUAUGCGACAUGUAAAGCAUAUUAAUAAAUUGUGGCUGAAUAUAAUAACAAGCAUACAUUUUGUGUUUUAAUCAUUUUUGUUUGAAUAGUGUGUGUUACUUGCCUGUUAAUAAUGCGUUAGGUCCGAUCAUUUACAAUAUGCGAUUAUAAUUACAAGCAUACAUUUUGUGUUUUGAAUCAUUUUUGUUUGAAAAGUGUGUGUUACUUGCCUGUAUAUAAUGCGUUAGGUCCGAUCAUUUGAAAUAUUUUGUCAAACUAGACAAAAUUGUUUUUCGUUGGUAUAAGUUCUAAAAAUAAUCCCUGUGCGCUACAAUGCAAUUUGGAUUUCAUAUCUGUUUUCAAAGCAGCAUUUAAUCGAGCGUAUUUUCAAUUUAUUAUUGCGUUCCAAAUGUCGGUUCGGCGAUUUCUUAUAUAGUUAUAUUUACCGAAAGCUUCACAAAAGUUUCCACUGCAUUUUUAUUUAUGCGUUCUAAAUUUAUGCGUUUUAAAUUUAUAUUUUAUAGAACAAUUUGAAAUUUAUACGUGUUAUCAGUGUAUUGACAGUAAUAAUAUCUGAAGCAUAUUGAAAAUAACAACAAAGUCUGUUUAAUUAUUGUGUAACUAGAUGCAUGAUGACAAGACAUAACUGAAUCGCAAACUGAGUGUUUGCUAUAAUUAAUUAUUAUUAAUGCCUGCAAGUACAUACGGUUAUACAGAAUCAUUUCCGGGCAAAUUUACAUUCGCAAAGUAUGGGAUGCUAUACCUACGUCACACCGGACCGGCGUCCCUACUACGACAGAAAAGCCUUUUUUCUCUAAUGAAAAUAUAUUUAACCAUCGGUCCGGGGUCCUGUUAUAUGUUUUCUUUGCGAGUCCGCAUCGUUCUCUCCACCUCCUUAGCGUAAAAUUGAACUGAAUGAAUGCACGCGCGUUAAAACUGUUAUUUUAAGAUUUAAUUGUAUUGCUGUGUAAUGAUAUGUACUGUUACGACUGUUUGUGUCUGUAGAUUGCGUAAAAUGUGUUGUAUUUUAUUAUCUUGUCAGCUCAAGCCAUUCAUAGCACAUGAACAACUUUUUUAAAAAUAAUUAGGUCAUAUGUACCCAAAUGGAAUUGGAGGAAUUUUUAAUUGCGCAUAAUAUAUCGAUGUAACGAUAAAAAAGUGUGUGUGUGUGUGUGUGUGUGUGUGUGUUUGUGUGUGUGUGUUUUCAGAAUAGAUAAAACAAUAUCCAUUUGUUUCGCUGUAAUUUGUGUUUGGUAAUUAUAUUGGAUUCAUACAUUGUCGUUUUACCAUUCCGAUACGUACUUUGCAUGAAAAUUAAUUGAUGUUAAGAGUUGUUGACUGGUUGCAUUAUGAAUUGAUGGUUAAUUAAGGCUUUGUUCCAUUCAAGUCCACAUUGAUUUUUUACGCAUAAUUUGCUUGCCUUAAAUUUGCAUUGCUGUAAUUCUGCUCUUACUACUUCCGUUACUCGGUUGGUCUACGCCAAGGGAAGGUAAUGUCCCCUUUGCUCUUUUCUCUGUUUGUAGAGGAUCUAGAGUUGUUUUACAACAUAAUAUAGAUUCUGGUUUAACUAUAGACGAUGUUUUACUUAUAUUACUCUUUUUCGCCGAUAAUAUGGCCAUAUUGGGUAAAAAUCAUGAAGAAGACCAUACCCAUUUGGAUAAUCUGCUUUUAUAUUGUAAUAAUUGGGGCUUUGAAGUAAACACUUCAACAACUACAAUUACGGUUUUCCGUAAGAGGGAACGUUAACGCAAAAAUGAGGCAUGGGCAUACGAUGGUCAUAACAUCGUAACAGUGAAUAACUUUAAAUUCUUAGGUACUGUUAUACAUUAUACAGGUAGUUUCACGUUAAAUCAAGAAUAUUUAGUAGGUAAAGCCCUUAAGGCUAUGAAUACUUUUCUCUACAAGUGUAAAAUGUAUGAUCUAAAACCUACAAUACGUUGUCAGUUCUUAGAUGCAUUUGUGGGUUCGAUUCUUAACUAUGCCUCCGUAAUAUGGGGUUUUACAAAGAUAACAGAAAUAUAACGUAUUCAUUUAAAGUUUUGUAAUAAUGUUACAAGUACGACUCAACAGUUGUAACGCAUGCGUUUACGGAGAGUAGGGUAGAUACCCACUUUACAUUAAUCGUUUCAUAAGAAUAUUGGUUUAAAAUUAGAUUGAGUAAUCAUAUUAUGCUCAAUACUUUGUAUACUAUGAAUGUUGAAGAGUGUCAUAAAUAACACAUCAAUUGGUUCUCACAUAUUAAACAGUUCUUAACCGAUUAUGGUUAUGGAUAUGUGUUUAAUAACCCUUACUAUGUGUGUGUUACUUCUUUUAUAUGCCAGUUUAGAAAUAGACUUAUAGAUACAUUUAAACACGAAUGGUAUGGUACAUUAAGUAACAGUCCUGUGUUAGACAUGUUUUCUUUUAAUUACAAUAGUGUGUGAUUCUUAUUUUGAUUUGUUACCAAGAAAUUUGAGUAUUCACUUAGUUAAUUUAAGAAUUUCUGUACAACAAUACAGAGUCCAAACAGGGAGGUAUGCCCGCAAUAAUACUCCUCUCAAUGACAUUUACUGUGUUUGUUUCAAUAGUAGAGAUAUAGAAGAUGAGUUUCACUUCGUUUGUAUUUGUCCAUCAUUAGUGUUUUACGACAGAAAUACCUAAAAGGUUAUGUAAAUGUAAUUCCAUCUGUGUUUUAAGGGCACUUUUCACGGUUUGGUAAAUUGACAAAAUUAAAAAAAAAUGUUUCAAAUCGGCAAAGUUUCGUGUUAGUUAUGAUAUUUGUGAGGAAACUAUACCAUAUAACCUUUAUCACUUACAAAUCUUUCUGUCAUUAUAUGUUUAGGAAGUUUACUAUAUGCAUUUUCUUCGUUUGUACUUUUUUUGCUUUUUUCAUUUGUAAUGAACUUUUUUGUAUUGAAAACGUGACAUGUUUACUUCUAUACUAUAUGUAUUAAGACGAUGUACUUAUUUAUAAGUCUAAAUAAAAUGUCUGUUCUGUU